AUGGGUGGAUGUACGGCAGUAAACUGUUCGAAUUCCCGUACGAAAGGUUUUCGUUUAUUCCGUUUUCCAAAAGAUGAAUCCAGAAGAAAAAUUUGGCUUCAAAAUUGUCUCCGGGACCAAUGGGUACCUACAAAUUCGUCAGAGUUGUGUGAAAUUCAUUUUGAGGAAAGUCAAUUCGAACAGCAUCGUCAAGAUGGCAUAAAAAAACUAAAACCAAAUGCAAUUCCGACAUUAUUUAAUCAUUAA